UGAAGGAAAUAGUAAGUUCCGUUCCUUCUUUAUCUGUUGAUGCUUGUUACUGAAUCUUAUGCACCGUUUCUUUGCAGCAUCAAAGAAUUUGCUAAGCAAGUGGAAAAGCGGCCCCGAAGUGCUUCAAAGAGUGGAAGAGUUUUACAACCUUGGGGCACGUAAAAGAUCCAGAAAAAACAUUCUAACAGCACGUAAAUUGGAGAAAACAUCUCUUUGGAGAUACAUAAGUAAGUACAUUUCAACUGUCCAAACGAACAAACAAACAUGCUCAAGAUAUUCGUCUUACUUUAUCAUAUGUGCAGGUGACGAAAUGUUUGAGAACGUGUUUGCUGAUAUAACUGAUGCAGACGACCUGUAUGAAGCUCUGAUGCAGGAUGCUGAAAGAAAUCAGCAGAGCCAGGAAACGGUGGGUGGAGGUUUCGAGGCAGCUAUGCGUGCUGCAGAAACGUCCAAAGCCAAGAAAGCGGGAGAGAAACGAAAAUCAACCGAGGAAAUACCUGAAAGAAGGAUGAAACAGAGAGAAGAUCCUCCUGGUAAAGGAAAAUCGAAAAGCACUGGGGGCAGCGGGAAGAAAGCAACUGAAAAGGCGACUGCUAACGUCAGCGAUGGGACGGAAAUGCCCAGAAAACUCCUUCACGACGCCAUUGCCUCGGGACCCAGAGGCAGGGGAGGUGGUCUUAUCAGUACCACUGCGAGUGCGUCGGCUGCCAUUGUUCUGGAUGAUGAUUCAGACAACAGUGAAAGGGACACGAUGCCUUUAACUAGGAGGUUACCAAGCAUUAGGACAGCCAGGGUAGAGACUGCUGAACCAGUGGAGACACGAGCUACCGAGAAUCGUGGAGAAUUUGACCCCACAACUGACAGCUACGUUGAUGCAAACGCGGUAUCAGAAGUUGCCAGGAGUGAAGCUAUGGCAAGCGGAUCUAGGACUGAGUUGGCGACAGCGGGUAACCAAGAAGUGGAGGACACUGCCCAAGGUGGGGAGAAUAUUCAGCCUAGGCUAAGGUUGAACGUCACGGGAAGUGAAAUGGAAGAAAUAUCAAUAUGGAUUCCCAAAUCUUUGACCGUCUCUUCUGCUCCCGUACUUCCGCCCGUUGGGAUUAGGAAAAUGGUCUUCCCUGAGGACGCCAAAAAAUUAGAUGCCAUGCCUCUUCCUAGUCAGUUCAACUACUCAGUGGCUCAUUGCUUUACUGCACUCCAAGGAGUACUCAGGUCUGGAGAGAAUGCCAUUGGCAGUUUGAGCAAAGAGAGGACUGAAAAGGAGAGACUAGAAGGCAUGGUAAAGGGGCUGGAAGACAACUUGGCCAAUGUCACGUCUGCACAAAAAGAUUCAGAGCAUCAACUGAUUGGGGAGAAGAACAAGAAUACUCAAAUGUCUGCUCAAAUCUCAAGAUUGGAAGAGAAAUUGAAAGAAGCAGAUGAGCAGCUCCUGCAAUCAACUGAAUCAUUGAGUGCAUUGGAAAAGAAAAUACAUGACGAUGCAUAUAAAGCCACUCAAUUCGAGUCAAGGAUCGACCAAGCAAUCAGAGAUGCUCAGUACUUCAAGGAUUGCUGGGAAGGAGUCACCAAACAACUGGAGAGUGCCGAGGCCAAAGUGAACACACUGGAAUUCCAGGUACACCACCUGGCUGACCAACUUGGUGAUGUUUCCAGAGAGAAAGACCUGUUAAACAAAGCGUUGGCAGCGCAGACAAUGAAGACAGCAGAAAAGGUUGAAAUGGCCAAGAAAAUGGAGGAAAACUACCUUAUCAAGAUAGGGGCCAUGGGAGGUGUCGGUCAAGCUGCAGAGAGGUUCAGAUUGCUAACCCAGUACAAAAAGAAUGAGCAUCCGAAAUGGGAUGUGGACUUGAUGCUCAAGAAGGCUGUGGUAGUACUUGAAAACUACCAGCCUAAUAAAAGAUGGGUUGUGAAUGAAGAAGCAAUUGGAGAACCUAACAUCGAAAAAGACCUGGCGCCUCCAGAGAGUGAUAUCCCCACUGUUGAACAACUGCCCAUUGAGGCCCGUGAAUCGCCAAUACCUGGCACUGUCACAGAAGAUGCUCCAUCUGAAGUUCCUCCGACUCCUAGGAUUGAAACUUCAACUUCUGAGCCUGAAAAUGCAGAUGAGGAUAUCCCACGUGCGAAUCCUCCCAUUACGUCGGAGGCCAUUGAGAUUGAAGCGACAACAGAGACUAUUUGAACUUGUUUGGUUUUGAAUUUUGGUGUUUUUUUUUUUUUUUUUUUUUUUUUUUUUAGUAUUUCCAAUUUCCUUUUAGUUUAAAUGCCCUAUCAUAGCAAUCUACAAUAAAUAACCUUACUCUUGGUAGCAAUUUAGAGUCGAUAGCCUUACUCUGUCCCCCAGUUUAAGUUGGACUGUUAGAACGUAACUCUAAAAGUUCAAUUGAAACUGCGAAUAAUGACGUGUAAAGAAACUAGAACUAACCAGGUGGGACGCGUGGCCUCAAUUAUUUCCAUCUGGAGAGAAUAUGGCAGGGUGAAUCUCCGAACAGAGUAACAAAAUCUUGACUGAACAAACUCCAAGAACUGAAUAGGUAUGCCAAGUGGCAGGCAAAAAUUUACAAAAAUCAACACGUGUCUCAGAACACCAUUGGUGGACUUGAUA